CUUUACGGCAGCCCCCGAAACAAUCAUGGCGUCCGGAUUUGAAAGCGAGCGGGUCUUAGCGGCGCGUAAGGAAGAGAAGCGUCGCCAGCGCGAGGCGCUGCUGCAGCAGGCAAAAGCUAAUUAUGAAAAAGAUGAAAGACGCAAGGAACUGAAGCGAUUGCGAGGGGAAGAUACUUGGAUGCUGAAUGAUGUGAAUGAGCGUUUAGAAGAAAUGAAAAAGGAACAUGCUGUUACAAAGAAGAAGCAUUCAAAAAAACAUAAAAGGGAAAAGAAGAAAAAGACUAAAAGAGAAAAAACAGAUGAUUCACCUGAUACUAGCUCUGGUUCUUCAGAAGAAUGGGUGGAAGCGCCUGUUGCACAGUCUUCUAGCACUGUGCAGGCUUGGAAGGCGAAGAAAGAAGAAUCAGAAGAAACCGUGGAAAACCCUACAUCAAUUCAGAGGGAUGAAUGGAUGACCUUAGAUUUUAUGUCUGUGAAAACACUGUCUUCAGCAUCACUGAGGGCUGAAAAGCAGAAAGAAAAAAUAUUGAAGCAGCAGAAAGCACAGGAAAAUGAACAGUUGCUGCUUGCAGAAAGAGAACUGAACCCAUAUUGGAAAGAUGGUGGUACAGGCUUACCAACAGAAAUAUCAACAUCAGUAAAAGCAACAACAGUAGACGAUGGUGGAUUAAGCUGGCUAAGGAAAUCCUACCAGAGAAUGAAGGAGCAAUCAGAGAGAGAAAAACGAGACUUGGAAGAAAUUGUAGCUGAAAGAUAUGGGUCCGUGGAGCUAUUUCAGUCCAAGUUAAGAGAAGCUGAGACAGCUGCAGUCCACAAAGAAAAUGAUAGAAGGGACUGGCAAAAAUGCAAAUAUUCAGAAAGCAAACGUACUUCAAGGGAUGAUAAAGAGAAGCAGGAGGAAAACAACCUAGGAAGGUUUUCACUUAAAGAGAAGUAUGAUAAAGCAUAUUCUGAGGAACCAAAAAAUUACAGAGGAAACGAACAGACAGAAACCAAAAAAUCAAGGCCAAGUAAAGAAUUUACAGCAGCAAACUGGACUGGUACAACCAGAAAAGAUCAUCAUCAAUUAAAUCAUUAUGAGAAGCCUUUCUCAAGCUCCGUGAAAGCUGCAUUUCUGAAACCUAGCAAUGAUGGCAAUGAAAGAGGCAGACAGCAGAGAAUGUCAUCCCAAUUAUCGACUCCUCAUUUUAUGAGCUCCGGUUUCCGGAAACCUGUUUAUGAUGCUGACGUGACCCCAAGAUGGCGCAAAGCACAACCUAAGGAUGAAAUUGGAAAAGCAACUCCAAAUGAAAAAUCUCCCGAAAUGAAUAAGGCUGUUACCAGCAAGGAGGAAGAGCCAAAAGAGAAAGGAGAACAGAUCUCAGAAGCUGCAGUGGAAGAAAAGGAGCUAGUAGACAAUAAACCAUCAUGUUCCAGGUAUUUAGAUAUCUUCUUGUUUUGA